AACGCAACAACAGGAUAACUCAGCGCAGCGUUUAAAAAUACAACAUAAUUGCAAUCAAUUAUUAUUUAUAAAGUUUGAAAUAUAAUUAAAAAUAGAAAAAGUGUUAAAUUAACAAGUGCGCUCUAAAGCAGCUGCUAAACCGACAGCCAAACUCAGCAGUUUUUCACGUAUGUUGCAAGCAACGCAAGCUUUUCGAAUGCGCUCAUUUUGGCUAUUUUACUUUUUUGUAUGCAACUAAGAAAGUAAGUGCAACACGAUGCGUGGACUGGUUGACGAGGCAAAGAAGUCGAAAUUCGGCACGGCCAACAACAACAACAAUAACAACAACCUCAACCACAGCAGCAGCAGCACCAGCAGCGGCAACAUGGGUAGUCGAGGCAGGACAGCGCUGGCCAGUGCCAGCACAUCUCGAUCCUUGAAGGGUGCUAUGAAAACGCCCACAACAACAACAGCAACAACAGGCGGUGCGGCCAAAAAGCUGUCUCCACAAGUUGCUACAAAGUCCAAGGCAGCUGCGUCAUCAACAGCAGCAGCAGCAGCAACAACAACAACAACAACAACCACCACCAGCAGCAGCCACACAGCAAGCAGCUCCAGCGUGAAGUCCAGUGCCGCAAAAGUCCAAAAGGGUCAGAAUCCACCCCCACAGGCGCAGUCAACGGCCGCAGCAGCAGCAGCAGCAGCCGUGUCCCCUCCUGCACCCACACCCGCACCUGCAGCAGCCACCCUGCAGCCACAGACAACGCAGCUGCAGCCGUACAACAAUAACAGCAACACAAUUGCUUUACCCAAGGCAUCGCAUGCCAAUACCAGCGAGGAGCUGGCCGGCGGCGUCCAGGACACCAUUUACCUAUGCAAUUUUCGCGUCUCUGUGGACGGCGAAUGGCUGUGCCUCAAGGAGCUGCAGGACAUCGAUGUGGCCAACGGACAGAAGACGGUGGGCGGCGGCGCAGCGCUUAUAAAUGCAACAGGAGUAGCUGGCGGUGCGGGUGCUGGUGGCGCCGCCGGUGCUGGCCACGUGCAGCACCGUACACAGACGCAACAUCAUCAGUUUGGGCAGCGCAACAGCAAACGCUACUCGGGCCUUUCGACAACCAGCGGCGGUGGCACAUUCGAGGAUAACGCACGUGACACGGCCGAGAUAGAGCGCAGCAAUUUGGUCAACAUUUGCAAGCUGGUUGUCAAGGAGCUGCUGGAGCAAUCGUUGCGCUAUGGCCGUAUGCUCGACUCGGAUCAUUUGCCGCUACAGCAUUUCUUUAUAGUUAUUGAGCAUGUUCUGGGGCAUGGACUGCGACCCAAGAAGGGUCUGCUGGGGCCGCGCAAGGAGCUCUGGGACUUGCUGCAGAGUGUCGAAACCUAUUGCCCCGAGGCGCAGGAUAUCACGGCCAGUGUAAGAGAUCUACCCACGGUCCGGACACACAUAGGACGCGCACGCGCCUGGCUACGCAUUGCUCUCAUGCAAAAGAAGCUAUCCGAUUACCUGCAGGCAUUGAUCGAGCAUCGCGAGGAUUCAUUGCACGACUACUACGAACCGCAUGCUCUGAUGAUGAGUGAUGAGAUUGUUGUCAUUAUGGGCAUUUUGGUGGGCCUAAAUGUCAUAGAUUGCAAUCUGUGUGUCAAGGAGGAGGAUCUGGACUCGCAGCAGGGCGUCAUCGACUUUUCGCUCUAUCUACGCUCCAGCUCUCGCAGUGCUGAAUCCAACGAGGAGUCCGGUGCGCCACCUGCCCAACUGGAUGCCGCUGGGCAGGGCAACAUGAUUGCCGUGUUGGAUCAAAAGAACUAUAUCGAAGAGCUCAAUCGGCAUUUGAACGCCACUGUGGGCAAUCUUCAGGCCAAGGUCGAGUCGCUGACCACCACCAAUGCCUUGAUGAAGGAGGAUCUGGCCAUAGCGCGCAACAGUUUGCUCGCCCUGCAGGCCGAGAACCAGGCCAUGCGCCAGUCCGCCAGCCAACAGGCAGCACAAAGUCAUUCGGACAACAGCUCCACGGGCAGUGGCAGUGACAAAGACAAGGAGAAGGACAAGGACAAGGUAGAUGGCUUGAGCACGGAGCUGGCGGAGGAACGUAAACGCAGCGCCGAGCUGGAUAAGGAACUCAAGCUGCAGAUCUCCCUCAAAGCCGAAUCCGAUAUGGCCAUGAAACUGCUGGAGAAGGAUAUACAUGAGAAACAGGACACGAUUGUCUCGCUUCGCCGUCAACUGGAUGACAUCAAGCAAAUCAACCUGGAGAUGUAUCGCAAACUGCAGGAAUGCAAAUCUUCGCUGACACACAAAACGGAGCUAAUGAGCAAAUUAGAGUGCCAAAAGGAAGAUAUGGCCAGCACAAUUGAACAAUUAGAGAAAAAAUGGACUAAUGAUAAAAGCAAUUUGGGCGAGAUAUUGAAGAAUACCUCACAGACGCUAUCCACCCAGGUGAACGCUAGCGAGGAGCGUGCUGCACGCGCGGAGGCAGAGACGCGCAUAGAGCGGGAAUGGCGCGUAUCCUUGCAGGAGAAGGAGCUUAAGUUAAAGGAGAAGAUCGCCACGCUGCAAGCAUGCCUCAAGGAGCUGAACGAGGAGAAGCAAAAGAGCGACAAGCUGAAAUUGGAUUUGGAGAAGGCGCGCGAGCAGUGGUCGGAGGCGCAGACAACGCUCGAGGAGCUGGGCAUACAGCUGAGCAUGAGCAAACUGAAGAUAGCUGAAUAUCAGGACAACGAGCGACGCCAGCAGCAGCUGCUCUCCGGCUCAUCGCAGUCGCUGCAGGCGAUGCCGGAAACGUUGAGCUCUCCCGGCAUUUGGGCGCCUGAUUCGAUAACCACACAAUGCACUGCCUGCACCCGGGAAUUCAAUUUGGCGCGCCGGAAACACCAUUGUCGCAGCUGUGGGGAGAUCUUCUGCAAGGCCUGCUCCCAGCAUACCCUGCCCCUGCUGAAUGCCCAGGGUCAGCCGGGCCGGCCGGUGCGUGUGUGCGAUGCAUGCUAUUCUGCCACUGGCAAAUGAUCCAUAGCGAAGCUCAUUUAUAUUUACAAAUAUCCUAUAUAAAAUGAUUGUAGUUGUUUACGAAUUGAUUGUUAUAAACAAAUAUUGUUCAGCGACAUAGUUUUUGUGGUAAACGUUAUAUGAUAAUUUUGCUGCGCCCACAUAUUUCCAAUUGGCGAGGCCUGCGUCUAUGCAAUAAAUGUAUUUUUAUAUUCCUAUUAUUUCACACAAUUACAUUAA